AUGAAAACCAUCGUGUCAUCGCAGAAGGUCAUCAUCCCCGAAGGAGUCCAAGUGGCGAUAAACUCCAGGAAGGUGACCGUGACGGGAAAGUACGGAACGCUGAAGAGGUCCUUCCGACACCUGCCCAUCGAUGUGCGCCUGAACAAGCUGAAGAAGUACAUCAAGGUGGUGAUGUGGUUCGGAGUCCCCGACCGACUGGCAUGCAUCCGAACAGUCUGCACACAUUUGAAAAAUAUGUUUACAGGAGUUACCAAGAAGUUCCUUUAUAAAAUGAGACUCGUACAUGCCCACUUUCCAAUUAACUCAAAUAUCGUAGAUAACAACAAGUCCAUCGAAAUUAGAAAUUACUUGGGAGAGAAACGAGUCCGUUUUGUAAAGGCCCUUCCAGGGGUACUCAUUGAGAAGUCCCCCAAUGUGAAGGAUGAAAUUUACGUCAGCGGUGCUGACAUUGAGAAUGUCUCCCUCACGGCAGCGUUAAUUCAUCAAUCCGUUUUGUGUAGAAAUAAAGAUAUUCGGAAAUUUUUGGAUGGAAUUUACGUCUCGGAGGUGACUACUGUUGAGAAGGACGAGUAGGGGAGGCGGCUCUCCACGCGCAUGGGCGGCGUGUGUAGUGUACGCGCAUCAUGCGGCAACGAUUUCUGUUCGGACCAGUGCCUUCGCCGCGACCACCGCGGGUACAUCUUCGUGACGCUGUACCUUUGCAUGCCCCUAUGCCACUGUGCACGUGCUACCCUUUUAACCCUGCCACUUAAUUAACCCCCAAGUAAAACUCCAAUUUUUUAUUUUAAAAAUGUUCAGCUAAAGCGGUACGCCGCGGGUGUGUCAAAGGAUGACCAACUGGCACGGCCGUGGAAAUGCGAAAAUGCGAAGUGGUGGUUUUUCGAACAGUGCGGCGUUGUAACCACGGGAGGUUUGAGGAGGUUCCCUUUUGGCAACUCCCUCCAACGGGGGGGUACUACCCCCAAGAGGUGUUAGCAGCGGUGCUUCGCUUCUGUGCAUAACUACCUCCUUGUAAAAAGACUUUUUUUUCACCACCAGUUGCGCGUACCAAGUGAA